AUGUCCUCUUCAAACACAAACCCUAAACCAGACAUCAACCCUAAACCACAACCAUCCAUGUCUUCUUCUAAAAUCAACCAAGACACCCUCAACGAAAAACCACUCUCCUUCAUCCUUCCAGAAAACCCCAAAUCACAUGCAAACACCGCUAAGACUUCUGGAAUCCGCAAGUCUUCUCGCCUUCAAAAAACAAAACCAGUGAAAUCCACCAUUGAAAUCUCCGAUGACUCGGAUGAAGAAACUUGCCCAGAUGACGCUGAACUUGACUCACAUCAAGACGUCAUUUUCUCUUCCAAACGUGCUCUGGACCUUUUCAACUCAAAAUGGAGGAACAGAAGUGUAAUCUAUGGCAAACCCAUGGAUUUUGAGAGCUUCACUGUCCGUGGAUACAACAUCGAAGAACUUGUAAUCGUUCAAGGCUGGCAAAAGAUGCUAACCCUAGAAAUUGAAACCUACCCAAAACUAGUUCGUAGUUUCUAUGCUGCAAUCCACCCAGAAACCAACGAUGUGUCUCUCAAAUCCACUAUCAAAGGUAUUACCAUAACCCUAACUCCAUCUCUAAUCUGUGAAAUCCUUAACAUCUCUGAUUCAGGCAUCCAUCUCUUUUCACAAGAAUGGGUUGGGUCGUACAACACCACCAUGGAAAAUGUUUAUCGUGAACUUCUGGUUGAUACCACAAAACCCCUAGUGUCUUCAAAUCUGAAUCUCGUCCCUCGCAUUCUACACAAAAUGUCCAUCCAUAAUGUCAUCCCUAGAGCAGGCAGUCUAGAGAAACUUUCCAAGUAUGACAUUUUAGUGAUCUUUCAUCUUCUAAAGCGUCAUCCCCUCCACUUAGGAUACCUUGUCCUAAACUUCAUGAAACAUACUUGCAGAAAAGGAAGAACUGCUCCUUAUGGAAGGUUCUUAUCACUCGUGUUUAAACACUUCAAAAUCCCCACUGAUGAUGCCACAUCCAUCAUGGGUGCUGGAGCCAUUCAUGGUUGUCGCCUCUCAAAGAUGAACCUCCCUGUACUUCAAAUUCUUGUGCUUCAAAAACGAAAGCGGUUGGUCAAAACUGCUGAUGUUAAGAAAAAGGUGAAAACCUUCACCACAAAAGACCAAGCUGAACCAGAAAUAGGUGAUUUCAUGUCCAAACCAACCAGUGCUGAAGCCUCCAAAGCUCACUCUCCACAAAUUGAAAAAACUGAAUCCCCCAAGGAACCAAUCUCGCCCUCACAUCAAACCACUGAACCAAAUAUUCCUGAAGAGAUCCAUUCACCAAUUCCCUCCGUCACAACUCCACCUGAUCAAUCUUUGUCCUCUGAAAACAUUGUGUUUGCCUCACCUCCAAAAACGGCUGCUGAAGAUACCCUCGUCCAAACUUCUGAGUCUCUAGCCUCACCAAUCAUCCAAACCCCAGUCUUUGAUCACUCUCCCGUUCACUCACCGGUAAUUGACCUCAACAUUGCCUCCAACAUCACUUCUCCCAUCAAUGAUGAUCUUGAUGCCUUGCUUUUUCAGCAUCAUAUUCUCAAUCAAUCUCAGGACUUAACUUUCUCUGGUGGAUUUGAUCCAAUUGCUGAAACUCUCUAUUCUAUCAUUCCACCUAUUCCUCAAAGCACCAUCUCAACCAUCCCUACUGCUGUAACACCCUUCUAA